AUGAUCUUUAAUAAGGCGAUCCUUCUCUUCGCCCUUUCGGCCGGGCUACUUGAUGUAGCUACCGCCCAAGGCAGGCAAGGUGGCAAUGAAGUAGCUGCAGCUGGUCAAAAUGGAGCAAAUGCUGGAGCUGGUGGUGGUAAUUUUACAGCCGGUGCUAUCAAACCUCCAUUUGGUAACAACACUGCAGGUGGUGAUAAUGGUGCUGGUGCAAACAACGCGAACGGUGUCAAUAGAGUUGCCAACGAUGCCAAUGGCGCCAACGAGAACGAGGCUGCUGAUGGCCAGAACGGUGCAAAUGGCCAGAACGAUGCAAAUGGCCAGAACGGUGCAAAUGGCCAGAACGGUGCAAAUGGCCAGAACGGUGCAAAUGGCCAGAACAACGCAAAUGGCCAAAACGAUGCAAAUGGCCAAAACGCCGCCGGUCAGGAUGGAGCCGACGGCCAGAACGCAGCUGCAGGUCAGAACGCCGCAGGACAGGAUGCCGCCAAUGGCCAAAACGCCGGUGCCGGUGCCAAUGCUGGUGGACAGAACAACGCAAAUGGCCAAAACGGCGCAGGACAGGACGCCGCCAAUGGCCAGAAUGCCGCAGGACAGGAUGCCGCCAAUGGCCAGAACGCCGGUGCCGGUGCCAAUGCCAAUGCCGGUGGGCAGAACAACGCAAAUGGCCAAAACGCUGCAGGACAGAAUGCCGGAGCAGGUGCUGCAGCUGGGGAACUUGCCCUCGAUCCUGCCAACAUACAGGAAGCUAGUAACAAUGACGGUAAUGCGAACGCAGAGGAAGGACAAUCACCAUCGAUAACUGAUCCGGCUAACUUUAUCAAUUUCUGUUCUGGCAAAACUCCGACCAAUGGUCAACAACUCGAGGGAGGCUCAUGCAACGGAAUCGUUAUGGGGGAUAUUCCUGCUAAGGACAACAUGGUUUCUAGUAUGAUCACGUUUCCGGAACCAGGGCAAGAUAUUGCAGCAGACGAGGAUUUUGAUAUCACUGUUCAGGUUAACAAUCUACAAGCUGGCACGUUUACCAAUCCGGAUACUACUUACUAUACUGCUCCUCAACAGCUUCAGGGCGGUAUUAUCGUUGGCCAUACACACGUUACAGUCCAAGAUCUGCAAGGAAACCUGAACAGCAAAACUCCACCCAACCCAGCCACCUUCUCGUUCUUCAAGGGUAUCAACGAUGUUGGUGAUGGUAACGGAGGACUCAGCGCCACCGUGGCUGGUGGUUUACCCGCGGGCACCUACCGUGUCUGCACCAUGACAGCCGCUUCCAACCAUCAGCCUGUCAUCAUGCCUGUUGCUCAACGUGGUGCACAAGAUGACUGCACCAAAUUCACUGUUGGUGGUGUAGGCGCCUUGAACGCUGAUGCAAAUGCCGGUCAAGGCGCAAAUGCCGGUCAAGGCGCUGCCGGUCAAGAUGGAGCUGGUCAGAAUGCCGCUGGUCAAGAUGGAGCUGGUGCAGGUGCUAACGGACAGGACGGCGCAGGUCAGAAUGGUGCUGGCCAGAAUGGUGCUGGCCAGAAUGGUGCUGGUCAAAAUGGUGCUGGCCAGAAUGGUGCUGGCCAGGAUGGUGCUGGCCAAAAUGGUGCUGGUCAGGAUGGUGCUGGUCAAAAUGGAGCUGGCCAGAAUGGAGCUGGCCAAAAUGGAGCUGGCCAGAAUGGUGCUGGCCAGAAUGGAGCUGGCCAGAAUGGAGCUGGCCAAAAUGGAGCUGGCCAAAAUGGCGCUGGCCAAAAUGGUGCUGGCCAAAAUGGUGCUGGCCAAAAUGGUGCUGGCCAAAAUGGUGCUGGUGCCGGUGCUGGCGCGGGUGGACAAGACGGCGCUGGUCAAAAUGCUGGCGGCGCAGGUGCCGGUGCUGGAGCAGGCGGCAACGAUGGUCAGCAAGCCCAGGGCGGUAACAGGCGAAACCGUGACCGGGUGAAGUUCUCCAAACGCCAAUGGAUUGCAUAG